AGUGAGUCACUUUCUGUAGACGGGAUGAGGCACCAGGUACAGUAUAUAAAGGGCUCGCUCUGCACUGAGAGACUCAGAGACCAAAAGAAAGUCCUAAAGUCACAUAGACCUAAGGAGAUCAAGCAAUGAAGAAAUUACUUCUCGUCCUGCUACUUUCUGUAGCUUACACUUCAGCUUUCCCUGCAGAACCUCCAAGAGGUAACGAGGAGAAUGAUGGCAAGUUUGCAGAAGAAUAUUUGAAGAGAUAUUAUAAUCUUAAGACCAAUGUACGACAGUCAAGAAAAAAAGGCGAAAGUCCAUUGACCCUAAAAAUCAAGGAAAUGCAGCAAUUUCUUGGUCUAAAAGUGACAGGAAAACUUGACUCAGAGACCAUGGAAGUGAUGCACCAACCGAGAUGUGGGUUUGUUGAUGCGGGUGAAUUCAACAUAUUCCCCGGUAACAAAGGAUGGAACAAGAAAGAACUAACAUACAGAAUAUUGAAUUACACACCCGACAUGCUCCAAUCUGAAGUAGACUACGCCAUCCAAAGAGCAUUUAAAGUUUGGAGUGAUGUCACGCCUUUGACUUUUACACGGAUCUAUAGUGGACUUUCUGACAUUGAGAUCUCCUUUGCUGCCCAAGUCCAUAACGAUUAUUACCCAUUUGAUGGCCCACAUGGGACACUUGCUCAUGCUUUUGCCCCAUCCAGUGGAAUUGGUGGAGAUGCCCACUUUGAUGAAGAUGAAACGUGGACAAGCGGCUCUAAUGGUUAUAACUUGUUCAUUGUGGCUGCUCAUGAGUUUGGCCAUUCCCUUGGUCUUUUUCACUCCAGUGAUCCCAGUGCUCUGAUGUAUCCCACCUACCAUUUUACUGAACCUAGUGAAUUCCGUCUUCCUGAAGAUGAUGUCAAUGGGAUCCAAUCACUUUAUGGAGCAAGAACAGCCCCCGAAGAGCCAACUGUCCCAGAAAAACCAAGUGACCCAAGCACCCCAUCCACCUGUCUGCCAAACAUCACUUUUGAUGCUGUGACAACUCUGCGUGGAGAAAUCAUAUUCUUUAAAGAGAAAACCUUCUGGCGUCAAAUUUCCCAAAAUUCAGAAGUUGAGCAACAUUUAAUCAGCACUUUCUGGCCAACUCUACCAAAUCACAUUCAGGCUGCUUAUGAGUUCCAGGACAGGGACCAAGUUCUUGCUUUUAAAGGUGCAAAGUACUGGGUCAUUAGUGGAUAUGAAGUCACAGAAGAUUCUCCUAAGAGCAUUUACGAUUUGGGUUUUCCACGGACUGUGAGAAAAGUUGAUGCUGCUGUCUAUGAUGACAACUCCAAGAAAACCUAUUUCUUUGUGAAUGAUAAUUAUUGGAGUUAUGAUGAGCAAAAACAGAGCAUGGAUAGUGGGUUCCCUAAAAAAAUAGUAGACAGGUUUCCUGGUCUAACCAAGAUCCGUGCAGCUUUCGAGAAAGAUGGAUUUCUGUACUUCUUUGAUGGACAUCACCAGUACGAAUUCAGCUCCGCCAAGAGGAGAGUCACCCGUCUACUAAAGAAUAACAGCUGGAUAAAAUGUGGCAACAAGGCCAGCAACCUGAAAAAAAGAAAUUAGAAAUUAAUAAAUUCUUUACAUUGAAUGUUUUUAAUUUAAUUUUUUUUACCUGUUCUAAGUACUAAUAUAUUAUAUAGCACUUGUUUAAAAAUGAAAGCGGAUUUAAAUAUUUAUUUACUGUUAUUUUUUU